AUCAUCUCUUGUUCACACACACCACGCUGAAAACUAACAAAAUGUCGUCUACAAUGACGUCAUUGCCAAAUAUAUACAACACCAUCAGAGUAAGAAAUGACAUCAUCAACAUCAAAACUAUAAGUAACAUCAAUACCUCUCAGCUCCCCUUCUUCAAAUCAUCAUCUUCUAAUUAUAUCAUAAACAAGAAAAAUAUUAAUGAAGAUAAAGAAAAACAACAAGCAGUAGUAAGUCGAAGGGAGGUUAUAUUGAGGAGCAGUGAGUUAGCUGUUUUAGGUGCCAUUUUUCACUUCAGUGGAAAUAAACCCGAUUACCUUGGUGUGCAGAAGAAUCCUCCUGCUCUAGCUUUAUGCCCUGCAACAAACAAAUGUGUCUCAACGUCUGAGAAUAUAAGUGACAUUGUCCACUACGCACCACCUUGGAAUUAUAAUCCAAACGAAGGUCGUGGGAGUAAGAAACCUGUGAGUAAAGAAGUAGCAGUCGAGGAGCUUCUUGAAGUGAUAAAAGCAACCAAACCAGACAACUUCACACCAAGAAUUGUAGAAAAGAAAGACGAUUAUAUACGUGUGGAGUAUGAAAGCCCAAUUUUAGGGUUUGUGGAUGAUGUUGAGUUCUGGUUCCCUCCUGGGAAAAAACCACUUGUGCAAUAUCGAUCAGCAUCUCGCAUUGGGCUUGGUUUUGAUGCCAAUAAAAAGAGAGUCAAGGCAUUGCGGCUAGCAUUGGAGAAAAAAGGAUGGGCCUCCGAAGACGAUUUUUGAGAAGGUUGCAUGAUCACUAUUGGUUGAACGAACUCCAGCAGAUGUAACCACAAAUGAGCUACAACAAAGACGUGAAAUCUGUAUGUGUAAUUUGAAAAGAGUACUUAUAAUGACAUGAAAUCCGUGAAAGCCAGAUGCUAAGAAAAAGGUAGAACCAUUAUUACUAUCUAAAAUUGUAGAGGGUGCUUGAUAAUAUUCCAUUCAAAAUCUAUUGCAAUAAAUGGAGAGCUAUAGGCCUAUAGUGCAACAUUUUGAAUUUUACAGUAGUUGUUGACAGUAAACCUUGAAGGGAAUUUUUGCUCA